AUGGACGGUGGAAGAACUGACUCAAGUUUUCUGUUUUUAGGAGAACGCGGUCAGACAGAAAACGACACUGAUAAGUCAACUGAAAGUUUAUUGUUAGGUAAUUCAAAAGUGACUGAAAAACGAGGUUAUCAAAGAAGUGCUAGAGCUGAAGCCAGAUUUAUGACAAAGAAGAAUGCCAGUGCUAUACUUGAAUGUUGGUCUUUAUGUCCAUUUAGAUGGAAAAGGAAUAGAUUUAAAUGCGCUUACUGUGAAGAUAAUUUCACUGAAUGCUCAGAGCUUCGGUCUCACGUUAGACUUUGCUCGACCCAACACAGUGUUAAAGAUAUUUACAGUAAAUUCAAAGAAAUGUCACUCAUAAACGUUGACAUUACUGAAGCCAUAUGCAGAAUUUGCGCCAUGCCGUUUCAAGAUGUAACAGAUAUGAAGCACCACGUAAUAAACCAUGGUUAUGACGUAGACUCCUCUUAUCCCGAUGGUGUUCUACCAUUUUGUUUGGACAAAGAGUCGUGGAGGUGUGUAAUAUGUCAAGAGUCGUUCAAUAACUUCCUCAAACUGUAUGAACAUAUGAAUAUACAUUACCAGCACUACAUUUGUGCGACUUGCGGAAAAGGGUACAUGACAGCGCCUCGAUUACGUAAACAUUCUGAAGUCCAUAUAACGGGCACCUUUCCAUGUAAUAAGUGUAGGCGAGUAUUCACUAUGCGUGCGGCCAGAGAUUAUCACAAAGCCCACGCCCACGCAAAAGGACCUCGUUACGAAUGUCCACAAUGUAAUAUGAGAUUUGGAGGCUAUUAUGAAAGGAUGAAUCAUUUGAAUGAAGCUCAUAGAGAAAAGGAGGUUUCUUAUAAAUGUGCUCACUGUGAAUUAUCUUUCAAAACUAGUGGAAAGCGAGCAAUCCAUGUACGGUCGAUACAUUUUCCUCAACAGCGCAAUUUUCCUUGCCCUUUUUGUAAAUGGUUAUUUAAAACUGGCUACGAAUUAAAAAGGCACAUGGUGAAACAUACGGGUGAAAGAAAUUUUUGUUGUGCGGUAUGUGGAAAGACCUUCCCAAGAAAUAGAGCACUGAAAACUCAUCUCAAAACUCAUGAAGAUCUUAGUUGUUCCGCUAUUGCGGACUCUGAAGAUGUAGUGGUAGAAAGACGCGUUAGAAAGUUAAAGGAGAACGUUUGCGCGCGGCAGAUGCGUCGGCGGCGGCGUGCCAACAAUGAGCUCCCAGAGGAAUCUGAGAAGCGAAUAUCAAAAACGAUGAUGCGUCGAAAUGCUAUGACGCUUCUAGAAUAUUCUACAGCUUGGGCUUUUCGAUGGUUCCAAAGCGCUUUUUAUUGUUCCUAUUGUGAUACUAAAUUUGUUGACCCAAUACUUUUGAGAGAUCACGUUCGGACUUUUCAUAUUAUUGAAGUACCUACAAGGCGUAUAUUCUCAAAACUCACUGAAAAUAACAUGGUUAAAAUAGACGUUUCCGACUUACGCUGUAGAUUGUGUGAUUAUCAACUUAGUAGCGUGGAAUUGAUGAAGAAACAUCUAAUAUCUGUGCACGAAAAAUUUUUUUACCUAAACUAUAAUGAUGGUGUUCUGCCAUUCAUACUAGAACCUAAUAGAUUUAAUUGUCAAAUGUGUAAUGCAGUGUUCUCUAGUUUUUGCAAAAUUAACGAACACAUGAACACUCAUUAUAAAAACUACGUCUGCGAUGCAUGUGGGAAAGCAUUUAUAUCAAAAUCAAGAUUUAGAACUCACGUACAGUCACAUGAAGUCGGUAGUUUCCCUUGUGGGGAGUGUAAGGAGGUACUAGAAACUAGGGCUGCUAGAAUGUGCCACAGAUUAAGGAUACAUAAAAAAGGCAUUCGAUAUACAUGCCCAUAUUGCCCUGAAGUAUUCACAACUUAUUAUGCCAGAGCUAAACAUUUAGUAGAUGGACAUGAUCAGCAAAAAAGAGAUUAUAAGUGUUCAUCUUGCGGGAAAUUGUUUGAGACAAGUUGUAAACGUGCAGCCCAUGUUCGCAUUAACCAUAAACCUUUGGAAAAACGUUACGACUGUCCCAAUUGCCCAUGGUACUUUGUUAGCCCAGAAGAGCUGGAAACAACAAAAAGGUCAAUAAAGAUUGAGUGGAGAAAGAAACGCCCAUUUUUAGAGAACAAGGCGAAUUCUGCCCUAAUAUUAGAUUGCUCCAACGCUAUAGUAUUUCGUUGGUCGCGUGGAAAAUUUCUCUGCGCUUAUUGCCCAGAAACGUUUCAAAAUGUGAAAGAAAUCCGCACACAUUGUGAUAUACAUGAUAAACUUACAGUCCUACAGAAACCGGAAGUUCGCAAUUCCUUUCCUCUUAAAAUAGACAUCACAGAUCUAAAAUGCAAGCUGUGUGAUAACAACUUGAAGAAUUUGACAGAUCUCAAAAACCAUUUAAUUGGAGCGCACGAUAAAAAAUUUGACGCAAAUUAUGAUGAUGGUGUUAUUCCUUUCGUAUUAACUGGUUCAGAGUACAGAUGUGUUAUUUGCGAUAAUUUAUUUGAAAGCUACGUGAACUUGUUUAGUCACAUGAAUAAGCAUUACCAAAGUUUUGUUUGCUAUACAUGUGGGAAAGGAUACUCGGCUAAAUAUAAGCUUCGGGCACACCAGAAAUGUCACGAAACUGGCAAAGUGCCAUGUUCAAGGUGUGACAUGGUGUUUUUAAACCAUGUCAUUAAAAAUCGACAUGUUGCCACUGUUCAUGGUUCGAAAAAACGUUAUCGCUGCCCAAUUUGCGCCAUGGCAUUCGAGUCUUGUCAUUCUAGACUGAUUCACCUUGGAACGGUCAAGACAUUUAUGUGGAAAAGGAGACGAAGGCUUUAUAAUGACCAAAGAGAUAAUGCGGCGACUCUAAUAGAAUUUUCAAACGUUUGUCCUUUUCGCUGGAAACGUGGAGCAUUUGCGUGUUCCCAUUGUCCAAGAACAUUCGGCAAUUUUAAAGAUGUUAGCGAUCAUAUGCAGGAGCAUCCCAAUCGCCUCGAGGCAAUGCGAUACGCGCGACCCUACGAUAAUGUAAAGAUUGAAAUAAGUAAUCUUCGAUGUGAAAUCUGCCAGCAAAAUAUGAAUGGCAUAGAACAUCUUAUAGACCAUUUAUUUGAAGUUCACCAAAAGCCAAUCGUGAAAGAUAUAGGACUUGGCGUAACUCCAUUUAUUUUAAGGGACAAGGAAAUGCUUUGCACUCAUUGCGACGAACGAUUCUUAUUGUUUUCGAGACUCAACAGCCACAUGAACCAACAUUACCCUAACAAUAUUUGCUCCCAUUGUGGUAAAUCUUUCUCUGCUGUUCACCGCCUAAAAGCUCAUCAGUUGAUCCACGAAUCAAACGAUCAAGAACAUAAAUGCACUAAAUGCGACGAAAUAUUCGAGACGAGAGCAUUAAAAAAUUAUCACAUAAACACAAAACAUGCUGCAGAAAAUCGAUACAGAUGUCCGUACUGUAAAAUAUCCUUCAAACGAUAUUCCGACAGAGUGAGACAUCUGAAACAAUUCCACAAUCAGAUCGUCGAAUAUCCCUGCCAUUUGUGCGCAGCGGUUUUUGCAAUGUCCGAUCAAAGAACGAAGCAUAUAAGAAACGUUCAUAUUAAACAUAAACAGUUCCAAUGCGACUUCUGCCCAAGCAAGUUUGUCACAGCUGGACAGUUAAAGAAUCAUUUGGUGAAGCACAGUGGCCUUAAGGAGUACCAGUGUGACGUGUGUAAGAAGAACUACGCGAGGGCUCGAACGUUAAAAGAACAUAUGAGAAUACACAAUAAUGAUAGACGAUUUGUCUGUGAAUAUUGCAAUAAUGCGUUCAUUCAAAAGUGCAGUCUUAAAAGUCAUAUCCGAACACAUCAUCCAAACGCGGAAUCUGUGAAAAUAUCAAUU